AUGAUGAUGGUCGAAGAUCUUGGUAUUGAAGCUAAAGAAGCUGCAGUGCGCGAGGUCGCAAAGCUGUUGCCACUUCCGGAGCUUCUGCAAUCCAUUUCCUCAAUCAAAGCCGAUUACAUUGCUCGCCAACAGCUAGAGGACUUUGUGUCAGCCAGAUGCCACCACAAUUUGGAAAACUUGAGCUUACGCAUGUCUGUCUCACUUCCUGAAUGGUGUAAAUGA